AUGAAUUCCAGCAAUGAGUAUAGCUCAGGUGAAGAUUAUUUUGAGUCCGUCAACACCUCGUACAACCCAUGGGACACCGAGAGCUUGCUGUGCUCCUUGCAUGAGGUCAGACAGUUCUCCAAGCUGUUCGUGCCCGUUGCCUACUCCCUGAUCUGCAUCUUUGGCCUCCUGGGCAACGUGCUGGUGGUGAUCACCUUUGCGUUUUACAAGAAGGCCAGGUCCAUGACCGACGUCUAUCUCUUGAACAUGGCCAUUGCCGACAUCCUCUUCGUCCUCACGCUCCCAUUCUGGGCAGUGAGCCACGCUACUGGCGCAUGGAUUUUCAGCAACGCCAUGUGCAAACUGAUCAGGGGCAUCUACGCUGUCAACUUCAACUGCGGGAUGCUGCUGCUGACCUGUAUCAGCAUGGACCGGUACGUCGCCAUUGUGCAGGCCACCAAGUCCUUCCGGCUCCGGUCCAGAACGCUGCCUCACAGCAAGGUCAUCUGUCUGGUGGUGUGGGCCGUGUCCGUCAUCAUCUCCAGCUCGACUUUCAUCUUCAAUCAGAAGUACCAAGUCCAAGACCGCGACGUCUGUGAGCCCAAGUACCAGGCGGUCCUGGAGCCCAUCCGGUGGAAGCUGCUGAUGCUGGCACUUGAGCUGCUCUUUGGCUUCUUUAUCCCGUUGGUGUUCAUGAUGUUUUGCUACAUGUUUAUUGUCAAAGCCUUAGUGCAAGCACAGAAUUCGAAACGGCACAGAGCCAUCCGCGUGAUCAUCGCCGUGGUGCUGGUGUUCCUGGCUUGUCAGAUUCCGCAUAACAUGGUCCUUCUUGUGACCGCUGCAAAUCUGGGGAAGAUGAACCGGUCCUGCCGCAGCGAGAAGCUGAUUGGCUACACCAGAAACAUCACGGAAGUCCUGGCCUUCCUCCACUGCUGCCUCAACCCCGUGCUCUAUGCGUUUAUUGGACAGAAGUUCAGAAAUUACUUCCUGAAGAUCAUGCAGGACUUGUGGUGUGUGAGGAGGAGGCACAGGGCCCUGGGCCUCUCCUGCUCCCGGAAGUCCUCGGAGACCUUCGUCUCCAGGCCCACCAGUGAGACCGGGGAGAAUGAGAAUGCAUCUUCCUUCACCAUGUGA